AUGGCGUUGUUCUUACUCUAUGUUAACAAUGCACGAGCUUUGCAGAGAGAACGGGUGUUCAGAGACCGAACAAACCCGCUGGAUUCAUAUAGUGACAAAAAAAUGCAUAAAUACUACCGAUUUACUCGGAACGGAGUCAUGCGAGUGAUUGACUUGUUAGAACCACACCUUCGGCCACAGACUUUAAGAAGUCACGCUAUUGACGGAAGAACUCAAGUAUUUGUGGCUCUUCGAUUCUUCGCCACUGGCUGUUUUUAUUCCACUUCGUCGGAACACCACAAUAUAUCUGAGGCAAGCACUUGCAGAAUAGUUCACAGAGUCACGAACGUACUUGUUGGAAUGAAAGAUAGGUAUGUGCUGUGGCCUACAACACCGGCGGAAGUUGCUGCAAAGCAGAUGGGCUUCUACGCCUUGGCGGGUUUCCCUGGAGCAGUAGGGGCCGUCGACUGCACCCAUGUUCCCCUCGACUGCUGCCCUUAUGGCCCAAACGAAUUUGCAUACGUAAACCGGAAAGGCAUACAUAGUAUUAAUGUGCAGCUAGUCUGUGACACCAAUUACAAAAUAACAAACGUCGUAGCAAGAUGGCCGGGAUUUACUCACGACAGUAGGAUAAUUCAGGAGAGUGAUGUCGGUGUUAUGUUUGAAAGGAGCCAGCUUCGCGGGCUUUUACUGGGGGACUCGGGAUACCCACAACGAAGUUGGCUGAUGAAAACGUUCGGCAACCCAGCGACUGCUGCCGAGAGAGCAUACAAUAGCUCCCAUCGCCAUACCCGAGUCAUCAUUGAGCAGACUAAUGGGCAGCUCAAAAUGAAAUUCCCAUGCUUAAGGAAGGGGCUCCGAAUCUCUCCAGAUCGUGCUUGCAGAGUUAUCGUAGCAUGUGUUGUUUUGUACAACAUCUCCAAGGACAUCAAUGACCCCUAUCUGGGAAGACAGCACCAACUAGAAAUCAUAGAGGUACCUGACUAUGUUGGACCCGCAAACAUUCAAGGCAAUAUUGGUAGAGACCGUCUGGUAGCUAAUGCAUUUUAA